CGGGCAGCCGAUGAAACCAGGACACUUGCGCGAUGACCGACGUCGUGGUCACCGAGGAGCGCAUCGGCGACGACCUGCGGUCCGUGCGCGACUUCGAGGUCGGGCUGCUACUCGGCCACGCAGGCAGCAUGGACGUCAUCGUCACCCAUGUCCCGACGCCACCAGAAGACGUGGCAGUGUCGAGGCUCGCCGAGUUGUCUGUCGACUGGAUGUCUGCGCAUGCGAAGUCCGUGCUCUGUAUGCUUCCUGGUGGUAUCGACUGCCUUGGGAUGUACGUGGUCACGACCGAGGAGCCCCGCGCGCUGCUUGCGAUGCUCUGUCGCUACAUGUGCGCACUCCAGGCGAUCGGUCGCGACAUGGGCUCCUCGAUGGACAGCUUGUACGUGCUAUGCGUCUCGCCCAGUAGCUCCACCAUAUUGAGCAAGCGCUUCCAGGCGCCGUCGUGGUUUGUCGAGGCCCGGCUCCAGUGGCAGCCGACCGAGAGUCUCUUGCGACGCUACGAAGCUACCAUCCGCAUCGACGUCAGUCUGCCAAGCCUCGCGCCGGCCGUCGUGCGUGCGUCCGUGGUGCCGCUGCUGGCGCACGCGAUUCCUAUCGCGGGUCGCGAUCCCGGGCGCGUCCACUUUCUCGAGCGAGUGUCGACCAAUGAUCUAUCAGCUGUCGCCGCAGCUACUCGGCCAUCGACGUCACCUUGCCGUGCGUUGCACCUCGAAGGUUCUGUCACGUGCUGUGCGUAUGCACUCGAGAGCGCGCUUCUGGGCGAGACGCUGCGACGCGACUUGGAGCGAACGAUGGCGCGCCGCGCCGACCUCUUGGAGACGAAGGACGACGUCAGCAGCUGUCGUCGACGAGCAGGUGACCACCCGCGCAACGUGGCAGUGGCUCGGCGCGCGCAAUUUCGAUGGCCGCGAAGUGGGUUCCUCACUGGCAACGUGCAUCUCUUGACGGACGGCGAUCUGUCGGACUGCGCCCAUGCGAUCGCGCAGCUCUUGACAUCACCCACGCCCGUCGAGCUGCAAUGGGUCGAGAUGGAAGCCAGCCUCCUCGUGACCAACGAUGCAUCAAUGACUACAACGCGCGUCAAAGCGUGGCAUCAUCCCUCGCUCUUUCCGGCGCUUCUUGCGGCCUGCGUCGCGACCCUCUUUGCAUAUUUGGCAAAGUCAACCCAAAUGUAGUCAAACGCGUGUCGCGAAUUCAUUGAAUGUCUGAUAAAUAAGGUGUUAUAAGCGUAAA